CUUUCACGUUCAGCCACCCCCUCCACUCCAUUACCAGCCACCGCCGCUGCCGCACUCUCAGCUGCCACAGUCUCAGCCUUCCGACGAAAUCAGAGUUACUAAUCUCUAUUCCACAGAAACCCAGUGGUUCGCCGUUGGUGCGAUCGCGCCGUCGCCGCUCGUUUUCCAGAUUCCCAAGAAUGUAGAUGGCUUUGCGAGGUGUAUGGCAGCUUAAGAAGCUGAUUGUCAGCUAUUGUGACUGGGGAGGAAGCAGCAGGGGUAUCAGGGCAUUUAUGGACUCAGAAUUGCCAGCUUUUAGAGAGAAAAAUCCUCAGCUACAAAUAGUUACUGAACUCAUUCGUGGGCAGCAUCCACACUUAAAGGGCUUCUAUAAAAGCAAUAAUCAUCGGGUGAUAUGUGUGAAGAACAUGGAUCCGGAAGACAUACAUUUACAUGCAACGAGACUAAGGAAUGCAUUGGGACGAAAGGUCUUAAAACUGAGGACAAGACAUGUAACCAAAAAUCCUAGUGCGCAAGGUACUUGGAACACUGAUGUAAGAUUUUGAGCCCUGCAUACAUAAUUCCUAAAGAGCUUGAUUGUCGUUUGGAGGUUGUUUUUUCCAUCCAUUGUUAGAUGUUUAAGCCAAGCUCUAUCUUGCUUGAAUUUGUAGUUUCUAGUGAGUCCCAUGUAACUUUUUCGAGGUUGUUAAUGUCCCAUGAGCUUCUCUUGAAGAAUUACAUGAAACAGAACAGGAUUCUGAUUUGAUUUGUUAACUUGUCAUGAUUCAUCAAAGCGAUGAUGUCCCGAGAAUAAAUUGUUCCCAUGGACGGGUUGGGACUACCUCGCAUUUAAGCUUCUACAUAAUUGCGUCUAAGAAUAUAGAGCCAAACAUGAUUUCCGUUAAUAAACCAUGCUAUUAACCUAGAUUGGCACAAAGCAUUUCCAAAAUGCACCUCUAGAACACAUAUAUAUAAAAUCAGAGAGAAAUCCAAACGGCUUAUUCCUUCAUUCAAUUCAUUAGAUAGUAUAUUCCAACCGGAUAACUGCAGCUAAGGACGGUUCGCCUUUAUAACGUUAAAGCCAUACAGGCAUGAAGAAAACUAAGCACUCAACAGACUCUAAGACUAGUAUAACAUU